AUAGAGCAGCAGGAGUGACUUAAGUGGAACGUUUUGGUUGUGUGGCCACUCAGUUGCGUCGCGACGUCGGUUAAUGGUACACCAUCGUCUGCAUUCGAAUCACUUUCAUAGUUUUUCCCAAUUUUUCCGAGACACCAAGACACAGUUCCGGAGAUACAUCUCCCCCUGCGUGAAAAUCAAUCCUCCUUCGGUGGCCUUCCGGUGCCCGGGACGAAAAGAUAAUCAUAAACAUUGAGAAACUGUGCAAGUGAUUGUGAGUGAUAAGAGCUAAAGCUCUUGGAGCUUUUGCCCCGAAAAAAAAAUAAAUAGAUAUUGAGAAAAAAAUCCUGAGAGCAGUGGAAGAGAAAUAGUGGAAAAUUCAUUGGACGGUGUCGAAAUACAUUGAUUAAAUUGCUUCCAAUUGAGCCUACCCAAAAUAGCUAUGGCUGCAAUUUAAUUUUGAAAAGGACAAGUACGAGGCUGGAAUUCCAGAGUGUGUCAGAUCCUGAGAGUCCUGGGGGGCAAAAAUGACUUUUAGAAAUUGAUUCAAUGGAAGAGACAUAAAACGUGGAACAUAGGAAAAACAACCCUUCGCAUUUUGGAUUACCGCGUCAAAGGCAUAUCCUUCUAAGGCACGUGUAGAGAUUUCUGCCCUAUUGUGAUCUUUCGGGGGACGUGGUUUGUUGGGAAAGAAAAAGUUUCAUGAGCGACACGUGUUUAUUGUUCCUUUUGUGAAAGAAAUACAGUGGACGAACUUUUGAAGAAUGCUUUUUUUGAAGGAAAUUCUUCAAAAUGAUUUAAAUAUUAGAACGGUUUUUUAGGGAAAAAAACAACUGUGUUUGAUACUAAAGAUCAAUCAGAAAGUUUAUCAACAUCCUAAGGAGUAUUUUUUUUGAGUUAUUUCCCAUGCAAAAGGAUCACUCUGUGAUAAACCUAAGCCGAAGAGGCAGUUCAGGAGGUUGAAGGAAGAAAAAACUUCUUACCUCGAAGGGUGAAUGACAGAAGAGAUCAAAAGGAUUUUCCUUCAGUGUUUUCCGCAUCAACAAUCAAGAAAAAAAGGCUUUCCUUGAAAAGACACACAAGAAGCUUUCCAAGGAGGGAAAAACAACUGACAGAGAAUCCUUGCAGCUAAGGGCCAAAAGAAAGGAAGUGAUGGUGAAGAAAAACACGUGAAAAUCGCUUUUGGUGUGGUUGACGAGGAGACAAUUUUCCUCCUAUCUCUUGCCUAGGCUGAAAUUGCUGGGCCAUGUGUUGAUUUAUGCUUUCGCUCCGCAUGACACUGUUGUCAAAGUGAAGAAUUUCCCAUCACAUGUGAUCCCAUUGGACGUUCUAUUUGGUAAACAUAGGCAAUUAUUGCGUAAAGUCUCACACGUCCAAAUUUUCUCUUCUCGAGACGUCUCUUCACAUUUUGAGUUGGAGAAAAAUCUAUAAAUAGUAUCACAUCAUUAAGCACUUUCUGCAGACAAUUUAACGUAAAACUCUCCCCAGACAAAUGUAACAAGAAGAGGAAAAAAAGGCGAUACAUAAAAGAUCUCUGUGGCAUCUAACGUCACUCCUUCAGUGAAAUGUCUUCAAAGUCAUGUGGCAAAUGGUAACAAUCAUGUAAGAUACUCUCUCUCUGCUUUUUGUAAACAGAUCCGCUAAUUAUCCUCCAAAUCAUUUAACAUAAUUGAUGAUGUGAUCACCAGAGACCUCCUUGAGAGGUGAACAAAUAUAGUCUUUCCCUUUGGUGCUUCUAAAGAACGUUUUAAAAUUUCAAAACAACAAAAAAAAACCGUCAAAAACCCUUGCAAAACAUUCAUCCCGUUCGCAAAAAUACAACAACAACAAAAAUUGUGCAAAAAAGUAGUGACGAAACCGAAACAUUUGGUGUGGUGGAUUUCCCCAGGAAAAAAAAAAGAAGAACAGUGAGGAAAAGUAUGAAAAAAGAUAGCAAUCAAAAUGUGUUGUGUGUAUGUGAAUAAAAUUCCAAUAAACAUAAAUUGGUGCUGAAGAAGAAAGAGAAUGUUGCGUCACAUCAUUGGGUUGUAAUCAAAAGAAAAAAUAUAUAUAUAGAUAUAACCCCAUCAUACCAAUUGUGCUGUGUGAAGAAAAUUGUGAAAGACCAACCCCACAUUUGACAUCAUCAUGAUCCCCAGAGAAUUGAAAAGCAUCCGAUGGAUGGCAUUUUUGCUGAUGUCGUGUUUUAUAGGACCCAUUUUUGGGAGCUUCCAGGCACAAAAUCAUGGUCACAACACCCUCACAGAUCGGACAACACCAAUGCCAUCACUAGGUUACAUCUCCCCAGCGUACUUUGACAUUUCCAUACCACGAAAUGUGACCGCUCUUGUGGGCAAAUCGGCCUAUCUCUCAUGUCGUGUACGAAAUCUCGGCAAUAAAACAGUCGCAUGGGUGCGUCAUAGGGACAUCCAUGUCCUUACAAUUGGCACUUACACCUACACGUCGGACCAGCGGUUUCAGACCACCCACCACAAGGACACAGAUGAGUGGACAUUGCACAUCAAAUGGGCCCAACCACGCGAUGCUGGUACUUAUGAGUGUCAAAUCUCAUCGGUGCCAAUCCGCAGUUACUUCGUUGAGCUGAGUGUUGUGGUGCCUACAGCCUCCAUUUUAGGUGGUCCUGAUCUCUAUGUAGACAAAGGAAGUACCAUCAACCUAACUUGUGCCAUUCGAUUCAGUCCCGAGCCACCAGCAUACAUUUUCUGGUACCAUCAAGAUGAGGUAAUUAGUUACGAUUCAACACGAGGCGGUGUCUCUGUAAUCACUGAAAAGGGUGAAGUAACAACUUCCUACCUACUCAUCCAGGAUGCUGAGCUCACCGACUCCGGCAAAUACUCGUGCAGCCCAUCAAAUGCGGAUGUGGCGAGUGUUCGAGUGCACGUCCUCAAUGGAGAACGUCCUGAAGCAAUGCAGACUGGUUCAGCUGGAUUAUCGAGCAGUUGUGUCUGUAUCUCAAUACUAAUUAUUAUAUCAAACAUUUACAAUUAUCUAAGGGUAUGUCUUGGUCUCCAAUCACUCCAUUCAGAUAGUCAUUUACGGUGAUAAAAUUACAUAUACAUAAAAUAAAGCUGUAUGCAUUAUAUUCUGCCCAUUUCCCACCAUCCCGUGCCCCAUUUUGUCUCUAUCAGACUUUACUGGAAAAUCCAUGAGAUUUCCAUCGUUUGAAAGGCAAGAAAAGGUCCCUGAGAGUGUGGGAAAAUGGUCAAGAAUUUAAUUAUUAACUUCAAGAGUAGAAAUACGAUUUUGUGUAAAUAAAGUUGGAAUAAGAAAA